AUGGCGCGCGACUACAACGCCGCCGUCACGGCGCUCAACACGCUGCAAAGCAACUUCUCCAUCGUCGACGCCAUUCGCAAGUCUGGCAAGGGCAUGAACAAGAAUGCCAUCCCCGAGAUGAUUGAAUGGUUCCGCAAAGCCGGCUACGAGCCCUCCGAUUUCGACCAAUUGAAACCCAUUCACAUCGCCGGCACCAAGGGUAAAGGCUCGACGAGCGCUUUCGUCUCCUCCAUCCUCGCGCAAUACCGCUCCACGUCCUCCACCGCGCCCCGGAAGGUCGGCCUCUAUACAUCCCCGCACCUGAAGUCGGUGCGGGAGCGCAUCCAGAUCAACAACACGCCGCUGAGUGAAGACGACUUCGCGCGGUACUUUUUUGAAAUCUGGGACCGUCUGGAGGCGGCCGCCGUCGCCUCGGGUCAAGAUCCGCACGCCCCGGGCACGAAGCCCGUCUACUUCCGCUUCCUGACCAUCAUGGCGCUGCAUGCCUACCUGCGCGAGGGCGUCGACGCCGCCGUCAUCGAGUGUGGCAUUGGCGGCGAGCACGACAGCACCAACGUCAUCGUCCACCCAACCGUCGCCGCCGUCACCAGCCUCGGCAUCGACCACGUCGCCAUGUUGGGCUCCACUCUGCCCGAGAUCGCCUGGCACAAGGCCGGCAUCUUCAAGCCCGGCGCCGCCGCCCUCUCCGUGCCACAAAGCCCCGAGGCGAUGGACGUCUUGCGCCAGCGCGCUGCCGAGAAGGGCGUAGGGGACGGAUUGGUCGAAGUCGCGCGUCACCCGGACGUCGACGCCAUCAAGCUCGGCCUGGCCGCCGACUUCCAAAAGACCAACGCCAGCCUCGCCGUCGCCAUCGCCGCAAGCCACCUCCGCGCGCUGGGCGACACGAGCAUUCCUGCCGCCAAGGACAUCAACGGCUGGACGCUGCCAGCCGAGUUCCGCCGCGGCCUGGAGCAGGUGCGCUGGCCGGGCCGGUGUGAAAUCCGGCACGAGGCGGGCGUGGCAUGGCACAUUGAUGGCGCGCACACGCUGGAUAGUAUCGAGGUCGCCGGCCGCUGGUUCGCCGAGGAGCUUGCGUCCUCUUCCUCCUCCGACCAACAACAACAGCCCCGCAUCCUCAUCUUCAACCAGCAGACCCGAGACGCGGACUCGCUCGCGCGCGCCUUGCACUCUGCGCUGUCAUCUGGCCUAGCGUCGGUGGCCCAGCACCCCUUCACCCACGCCAUCUUCACCACAAACCUGACUUUCCGUGACACGGGCUACAAGCCGGACCUCGUCAGCGUGAAUGCCAACGCCGACGACGUUGAGAAGUUGGCCGUGCAGGACGCGCUGGCGAAGACGUGGGCAGAGAUUGAUCCGCAGACGGAAGUCAGGGUGGUGAAGACGAUCGAGGAGGCGGUUGAGUAUGCGCGCGACGUCGCUCAGGGCGCGCCGGAUGAGGUCAAGGUGUUGAUUACGGGGAGCUUGCAUUUGGUUGGUGGGGCCUUGGAGGUACUUGAUAGCGGCAAAUAA